CGACAUUGUAACCAAACGUCAAAAAACUUUAUUCCCUCACUGCUACUAUACAACUGAAGCUCUGGCCAUGGCCGCAGCACAACCUUCGAAGAAGAUAAUGUAGAGAUAGAGAGUGAGGGAAUGCCAAAUGUGAAGCACUCACUCACUAGAUGUGAUGUAUAAAUGUGAAACAACCAGAAUAAGAUUGCGAAAUUUGAAUAACCUUCUUCCAGAAAUCAGUUGCACAACAAAAAUGGAGUUUCCGGCGAUAGUAGUGUCGCCAUUUUUGGUUCUUCAUGUUUUCCUUGGGUUUUCUCUAGCACUGGCUUCACCGGACUGUGAUUUUCCAGUGAUUUUCAACUUCGGCGACUCGAACUCCGAUACCGGCGCCAUCUCCGCCGCUUUUGAGCCUAUCCGAUGGCCGUAUGGAGAUGUAUUCUUCAACAAACCAUCCGGAAGGGAUAGCGACGGUCGUUUGAUCAUCGAUUUCAUCGCUGAGAAGUUGAGAUUGCCGUAUUUGAGUGCUUAUCUGAAUUCUCUCGGCGCUAAUUUCCGGCACGGCGCCAAUUUCGCCACGGGCGGAUCGACUGUACAGAAGCCAAAUGAAACCAUAUAUGAAUAUGGAAUUAGUCCAUUUUUCCUUGAUAUGCAGGUUACCCAGUUUGAACAGUUCAAAGCUCGCUCCAAUGACCUCUACAAUCAAGCCAAGAACCCAUCUGACAGAGACAAACUUACAAGACCAGAGGAUUACUCCAAAGCACUCUACACUUUUGAUAUUGGGCAGAAUGAUUUAGCUGUUGGCUUUAGAAAGCUGAGCAUCGAUCAACUUCGUGCUGCUUUGCCUGAUAUUGUUAACCAGUUUGCCUCUGCACUUCAAAGAAUAUACAAGCUAGGAGGGAGAUCAUUUUGGAUACAUAAUACAGGGCCAUUUGGUUGCCUCCCAGUGAACCAAUUUUACAAUCUGAACCCUCCCCCUGGCAUCCUUGAUCAGCAUGGUUGUAUCAAGGCUCAAAAUGAUAUUUCUAUGGAAUUAAAUAAUCAGCUCAAAGCAAAAUUGGACAAGCUUAGGUCAGAGCUCCCAGAAGCUGCCAUUACCUAUGUGGAUGUCUAUGCUGCCAAGUAUGCUCUAAUCAGCAAUGGGAAAACUCAAGGGUUUCCCGAGCCACUCAAAGUAUGCUGUGGGUACCAUGUGAGGUAUGACCAUGUGUGGUGUGGGACAAAAGCAACCAUAAAUGGAAGCUUGAUGUUUGGAGAUGCAUGUGAAAACAGAGCUCAGUAUGUGAGUUGGGAUGGAGUCCAUUACUCUGAGGCUGCUAAUCAUUUUGUUGCUAAUCACAUUCUCAAUGGUUCUUUAUCAAGCCCUCCUAUUCCAAUCACAAAAGCAUGCUAUAGGGGAUAAAAUUAUCAUAAUUAUUCAUUAGUAGGAAAUAUUGAAGUUCUACUAUUACAAAAUAUUGAGCAUGCAUUUUGUAGUACUAAAUAAAAACUUAGAACUUUUGAGUUCUUGGUUUUUCUUUUUGAAGUAGUGUUGCUUUAGAAGUGCUUUUAGCAAGAAUCUUUGAUGGCUCUUGUUGAAGUGUAUAUUUGGUUUUAAGAACAUGGUUAAUAAACUUAUUGAACUUU